AGCGAUACCCAAAAUCACGAGCAGUUUUGCAGAAGGACUGCAACUUCGUGAUGCCGCCAACCGGUAAACUGCCUCGUUUCCAUAGACGCCCACGCACGAGGCCUCCACGCCUUGUACUGGCUGUCACUGUCCUGUUGCGUGGUAUGCAAGGUUUUAGUUUUUUUGUUGAUGUAGUAAUCGGCCUCCAGCAGGCGCAGCGGAGCGGUGAGCUUGAAGUUUGCACCCUAGCACGCGAGAACUACACGAGAUGCACGCGUGUGGACGCCGCUCCAAGGUCGUCAUAAGAUAAUAUGUUGUGGACAAAGCUGGGGGUUGUGAAAUGUGAGAAAGGGGAGGGGUACAUGUGGGUGCUGCACUGGAGAAAUUGAUUGCAGCGAGGUAUUCGGGCGAGGGGAUGGUGCAUGCAUGGUUAGUUGAGUGGGAAGGCGCUGGCAGAUAUGGUGUUGAGACAGGAAU